GAUUUUAAUAUGGUACAGUUAAAACAAGUGUCGCUUCGUCUGAAAUCAGUGAAAAAUAUCCAAAAGAUUACGAAGACUAUGAAGAUGGUUUCAGCUAGCAAGUUCACGAAAGCAGAACGAGAGCUUGUUUCAGCGCGACCAUUUGGUUACGGUCCCCAGAAGUUUUACGAGUCAAGUCAUUUAGUUGGGAAGGUUGCCAAGAAAGAUGACAAGUCGAAAGCGGAGACUCCACCCGAAAUACCCGCUGAAAACGUUGAAGCCAAGGAUGAUAAGAAAAUCAACAGGAUAUACGUAGCUGUUACAUCUGAUAGAGGUUUAUGCGGCGGUGUACACACGGGCGUGUCGCGUAGAAUUCGACGCAGUAUGACGACACGCAGCGCAGAUGCUGCGACGCACAAGCUCGUUUGUGUUGGAGAUAAGUCACGAGCAAUGCUCAGAAGACAAUACAGCGAAAAUAUGCUCAUUAAUGUCAAAGACAUAGGUCGCAUAGCUCCCGUGUUCAAAGAUGCUUCAACUAUAGCAGCAGCCAUUGUGCAGUCGGGAUACAUAUACGAUAUUGGCGAGAUAUACUACAACAAGUACUUCAGUGCUGUCAAAUACGAGUUGACGAUUGUACCCUUCUUCACUAAGAGUAAAAUAGAGACCGCUCCUAACAUGACUGCAUUUGACGACGUAGAAGACGACCAGCUCGAGUCCUACUCGGAGUGGACCUUUGCUGCCUUACUUUUCUACGCAUUAAAAGAAUCGGCGGCUUCUGAACAGUCUGCGCGAAUGGCGGCUAUGGACAAUGCGACCAAAAAUGCUGAUGACAUGAUCAGGAAAUUGACUCUACUAUUUAAUAGGACGCGCCAAGCUGUCAUAACGAGAGAACUCAUUGAGAUUAUAUCUGGGGCUGCAGCUUUGUAGUUUGUUUUAUUUAAUAAAUAUAUUAUUAAUUAGAUAA